UGUCUCCGCCCGCGUUCCUCCUGCUGUCUGUGACGUCACGGUGAGGAGAGCCCGGAGGCCCGGAGGCCCGGGGAGCGGAGGCGCUACUUCCUGUGUGGAGACACGAUGCUGGACUCGGUGCUGCUGCUGGUGCAGAAAGCCCUCCUGCUCGCGCGCGUGGAUUUCCUCAGCGCCGUGACCCCGGGAGCGGAGGGGCGGCGGCGGCAGCGGCGCGCGGACAGGACGGACAGGACGGAGGGGGUGACGGAGGGGGUGACCGGGGGGGUGACGGCGGCGGCGCUGGAGCGCGGGGAUCUACUGGAGGUUCCCCGCACGCUGUUCGUGCACUUCGGGAUCUACCUGGGCGGCGGGCGCGUGGCGCACCUCAUCCCCGACAUUCUGCCGCUGCUCACACGUGACCCGAACCGCGCGCGUUCCGUGGUGAGUAACGGGCGGCUCGUGCUCGGCGUGCUGUGCCGCAGGGCCGCCGUGCGCGUGGACACGCUCGAGGACUUCGUGUACGGAGCGCGCGUGCUUCUCGUCAACUCCAUGGACGGCGCGCUCGGCGUGACGCCCGCGCCCAACGAGGAGGUCGCGCGCACGGCGGAAAGGCUGGUCGGCGCCGUCCGGUACAGUUUACUGUGGAACAACUGCGAGCAUUACGUCACCUACUGUCGGUACGGGACCGGGCUCAGUCUACAGACCGACAAGUUCUGCGAGUGUGUGCAGUGUGUGAUCCGGGACCAGAGGACGGUCCUGGUCACUGCAGUCACUGGGAUUUUCUGUGUGAUGUUACUGGGAUUCUCCGUCACCACUGCACUUCCAGUCCUCACCAUCACCUUCAUCGUCUGGAUGCUGGGAUAAGAGACUUUGUGUGUGUGUGUGUGUGUGUGUGUGUGUGGACGAGAGAUGUCACUAAACUGUACUGUCAGUGACUCGGUGCUGCUCUAAUAUCUCAAUACGUUUAUUUUAGUUUACCAGUUGUGUGUGUGUCACAUGUUUUUGUACUCUGUCCCGUUAACAUUAAUAAAUGUUCAAAACAGA